UAAAAUUUGGUGAAAAGUAGAAAAGACGUCUCCAUUCAGUUCCAGCGUGCUAGUCUUCGUACACUUUCAAGAAGGAGAUUCAGUUGAUUUAGAAACCCUGAUUUUCAUAUAUACUCCCCUAGUUUGCUUCGCAAUCGACUUAAUUUUAAAAAGUGAUGGCGGUAGCUGUCCCUGGACAGCUCAAUCUCUAUGAGUGCCCUGCUUGGGGAUCUCGCAGCGUUGAUUGUUUCGAGAAAUUGGAGCAGAUUGGUGAAGGAACAUAUGGCCAAGUUUACAUGGCUAGAGAGAUCUUAACGGGGGAAAUUGUUGCUCUUAAGAAGAUUCGAAUGGACAAUGAGAGAGAAGGGUUCCCUAUAACUGCAAUACGAGAAAUUAAAAUUUUAAAGAAAUUGCAUCAUGAAAAUGUGAUUAAGCUUAAAGAGAUCGUAACCUCCACAGGACCUGAGAAGGAUGAGCAAGGGAAGCCAGGGCCGACAGAUGGUAAUAAGUACAAGGGUGGUAUCUAUAUGGUAUUUGAAUACAUGGACCAUGACUUAACUGGUCUUUCUGACCGUCCUGGGAUGCGAUUUUCAGUUCCUCAAAUCAAGUGCUAUAUGAAGCAGCUAUUGACAGGACUUUAUUACUGUCACGUUAAUCAAGUACUUCACCGCGACAUUAAAGGAUCUAAUCUCCUAAUAGAUAAUGAGGGGAACCUUAAGCUAGCAGAUUUUGGCCUUGCAAGAUCAUUCUCCAAUGACCAUAAUGGGAACCUGACAAACCGAGUGAUUACACUGUGGUAUAGACCCCCAGAACUGUUGCUCGGAACUACUAAAUAUGGCCCGGCUGUUGACAUGUGGUCCGUAGGUUGUAUCUUCGCGGAGCUUCUGCAAGGAAAACCAAUCUUACCUGGGAAAGACGAGCCAGAGCAAUUGAACAAGAUUUUUGAACUUUGCGGACCUCCCGACGAGGUCAACUGGCCCGGUGUCUCCAAGUUUCCUUGGUAUAACAAUUUGAAGCCAACGAGGCCAAUGAAGAGACGUCUUAGGGAAGCUUUCAGGCAGUAUGAUCGCCAUGCCGUGGAGUUAUUGGACAAAAUGAUGACUCUUGACCCAUCUCAGAGAAUAUCUGCCAAAGAUGCGCUUGAUGCCGAGUAUUUCUGGACUGAUCCCUUGCCUUGUGAUCCCAAGAGUUUGCCUAAAUAUGAAUCGUCACACGAGUUCCAAACGAAGAAGAAACGCCAGCAGCAGAGGCAACUAGAGGAGACAGCGAAACGCCAAAAACUACAGCACUCACGUGUGCCUCCGAAUCAACAGUCUGGGCACCCUCAACUCUGUCCAGGAGCUAACCAGCCCUUACAUAAUUCUCAGGCUCCAGUGGCUUCAGGAGCUAGCCAUCAUUAUGGAAAACCACGAGGGCCUUCUGGUGGGCCCUCCAGAUACUCGCAGGGUGGAAAUCCUAGUAAUGGAUUCAACCCAAAUCGAGCAAGUCAAGGUGGUGGAGGUUAUAACGCUGGCCCAUAUCCACCACCUCCACAAGGACGUGGACCUCCUUAUGCUGCCAACGGGAUGCCUGGGCCUCGAGGAGGUGGUAGUAAUUACGGUUUUAACGGUUCGACGUACCCUCCACAGAAUGGUCCAUAUCCGGGAGGUUCAGGUUCAGGUAUGGGUCGAGGUAAUAAUAGUAAAUCACAUCAGCAACAUUAUGGUUGGGCGCAGUAAAAUAUAACGGCAACAUGGUUUAAUGUUGAGGGAACCCCCAAAUGAAUGAGCCGCUGAGGGGUGUGAGAAAAGAAAAAUCAGCAAAAUGAAGAAUACAUGGUCAAAGAACACAUCGGUGCGGGCCAGAACAUGGAUUUGAUAACUCAAAAGUUAUGUAAAACUACCCCCUUCAUAGAACUCGGGAUAAUCUGAAUAGAUAUACUCUGAUACUUGUGUUGGCUUUUAUUUCCUCGGUUCAGCAAUCAGCCAAUUGCCAUUGCAUGAAUGUAUGUAACAUGUGUAUCAAAACUUUUACUUAUGAAUUGUAAAAAAGGAGCAAAACGUGAGGAACUUUUGGUGGUAGGUAUUUUAGUUCAUCAAAAAUUAUGCCGAGACUGUAAACUUUUUACCUGAAGGGAUUUUAAAUACUAUGAACUCUGUUUUCAGUUUGUUUAUUG